AACGGGGAGAAAGCGGGGAGGGGAAAGGAAAAGACUUGAAGAAGAGGGGGGAGAAGCGAUUCUGAUUUUUUUUUUUUUUUUGUCCUAAAGAAAGGGAUUUUCGAGGGAAUUUGGGAAAGCGGGGAGCGAAAUUAAAGGAAAAAGUUUAAAAGUUAACUGAGGAAGGGAGGAAAAAACUUUUAGAAGAAAAAAAAAUUCAAGAGGGAGCAAGUUUUUUUUUACGUAUAGGUGUUUUGUUUGGUUUUUUUUUUCAAGAGGAGGAAAAAAAAUAACUGAGGGAGGGGAAAAAAAAUAAUAAUAAUAAUUGCGGAGGGCUUGAUCCGGGAGAACAAUACUCGCCGGGAAAGUUGCUGCGCGGCGGGGAGGGAGCGGCGGGAGGAAAAUGCCGCAGCUGGGCAGCGGCGGCGGGGACGACCUGGGCGCCACGGACGAGAUGCUGGCCUUCAAGGACGAGGGCGAGCAGGAGGAGAAGAUCCCCGAGAACGCCUUCACCGAGCGCGACCUGGCCGACCUCAAGUCCUCGCUGGUGAACGAGUCCGAGGGCAGCGGCAGCCCGGCCGCCGCCGCCGCCGACCCCGAGGCCCUCCGGCGAGUGCAGGAUCCGCAGAGAGUUUACCAGGAGAAGCUCCCGGACCACAUGGAUGAUGCAGGUAUGAAACAUCAGGACCCAGGGAUGUAUAAAGGAUCUGCAUAUUCCGGCUACCCUUUCCUGAUGCUCUCAGAUCCGUAUCUGCCAAAUGGAUCUAUGUCACCUCUGUCCAACAAAGUUCCCGUAGUGCAGCCGUCCCACGGAGUCCACCCGCUCACCCCGCUCAUCCCGUACAGCAACGACCAUUUCAGCCACGGCUCCCACUCGCCCCACCUGCCCGCUGACAUCAACCAGAAACAAGGAGUGCACCGUCCUUCCCAGACGUCAGACAUCCCUGGUUUCUACCCCCUGCCCCCCGGAGGAGUGGGACAGAUCACGCCGUCGAUGGGAUGGCAGAGCCAGUCUGUCUAUCCGCUCCCGUCAUGUGGAUUUAGACAGCCGUACUCGUCAGCGCUUUCUGCUGGGGCUUCUUUCUCCAGGUUCACUCACCCGCUGAUGCUGGGCUCUGGCAUGCACACCACCGGCAUCCCGCACCCCGCCAUCGUGCCCCACUCCGGCAAGCAGGACAUGGAGCACUAUGACCGAAACAUGAAACCUCAACCAGAACCAAAGAGAGAGAAGGAAGCCAAGAAGCCCACUAUCAAGAAGCCCCUGAACGCUUUCAUGUUGUAUAUGAAAGAAAUGCGGGCGAAAGUCAUCGCCGAGUGCACCCUGAAGGAGAGCGCUGCCAUCAACCAGAUCUUGGGGAGGAGGUGGCACGCGCUGUCCCGGGAGGAACAGGCCAAGUACUACGAACUGGCCCGCAAGGAACGGCAGCUCCACAUGCAGCUCUACCCUGGCUGGUCUGCCAGAGACAACUACGGGAAAAAGAAGAGACGAACACGGGAAAAGCAGCAAGAUUCCAGCUCAGGAGGAAAAAGAAGUGCAUUCGGUACCUACAAGGAGAAGGACGCUGUGCCAGCCCAGUUUCUUCCGAUGGAAGUGCUAUAGACUCGCCUCCAUCCCCUCCGGACGCGCUCCGAUGCCUCCCCUCCGCCUUCCCGUCAGAGCAGCUCGCAGCCCCCGCCGACCCCGCGCACCGCGACGAGCCCGACCCCCGCCCGGU